GAGUAAAAGGCUUUCAAUCACCCCAGCCUCCCCAUCGCUGCAUUCACUCACACAGCAAGCCACCGAGUGAUAGUUCCCUACAAUUUGUGCUGGAUUUUAUUCACUGAAGUUUUCAUCUCAAAAGUUGGUUGUUCAUGAUGACGCCCUCUUGAGGUCGGUGUGUUAGGUGAUGUUCCUGUUGACCCCAUUGUGACCUUGGUGGUUUCCGCUGGGACUAGACAAUCGUAAGCAGAACUGUCAAGUCACAGAAAGAUGACAUCAACAUCCCCCUCCCACAGCGACAGCAGCAGCGGCUCGUCCAAACAUGGCAGCCAUCAGGACAGCUGGGAGAUCAUAGAGGGGCUAAAGGGUAACCCUGGCAACAUCCAGGAGCCAGAGAAACAGGAAGGCUUCCUGCUCAAGAGGAGGAAAUGGCCCAUGAAGGGAUGGCACAAGAGAUACUUCUUGCUGGAGAAAGGCAUUCUGAAGUACUCAAAAUGUAGAGCUGAUCUAAGGAAAGGAAAGCUGCAUGGCUGCAUUGAUGUGGGGCUGUCUGUCAUGUCAAUCAAGAAGAAAACCAAGGCCAUCGAUCUGGACGCCAACAACAACAUUUAUCACCUCAAGGUGAAGUCUGAGAAGUCUCAGGAAGUGAAGUCACAGGAGUUGUUUGAUGAUUGGGUGUCGAAGCUACGACGUCACCGUGUCUUCCGUCAGAACGAGAUCGCCAUGUACCCCCACGAGAGGCACCUGUUUCACCCCUCCUCACACCUCUCUAACCUCAACGACUCCAUGAGACGGCAGCACUCCAGUCUGGCUAAGCAGGCGUCAGUUGUCCAGCAGGCGAAGGUCAGUGCCUGGCUUCACUCCUCAGAAGACAUGGACAGGUGCUGCAGAGACUUGGAGGACUGUGAGUCUUACCUGUUGGAACUCAACCUGCUGCUGAAGAGUAUGGAGGUUCUCCACCGCACUUCCUCUGCCCCCGCCAUCAGCCUCAUGGCUUCAACAUAUGACAUUCCCAAGAAGGAGAAGAGGGGUCCCAGGAAGUGGCGUUCAAAAAAUUACACCAAAGAUGCCACGCUACAGGUUCCUGGCUGUGGCUCACCACCUGCCUCUCCUCAUCUCCAUACCUCCCACCCAAACCUCUCUACUGCUGAAGCCAACACCUCCUUCCUGGAAACCCCAGACUCACCUACUGAUGCCAACCGCCUCCAGGAAGACUUCUGCAGGCUGGCUAACAACAUUCACUCCACUCUGCGGUCAGCCUAUAGUUCUCUAUCAGCAGAGAGAGACCGAGUGAGACACACUAUUGACCUGAAGGCCCCCCCUCCAGCGCAGGUCAUGGGCCUCAAGACCGGCUAUGGCUCGGGUCUCCCAGAUGGAUCCCGCCAACUUGUCCACCAGGCAUCCAAUGAAUCCAUGUCGGAGUUCUUUGAUGCUCAGGAGUACCAGCUGACCUCCAGCUCCUCUGAGAAUGAGGCUUCUGAUGAUGACUCGUAUAUCAGUGAUGUCAGUGACAGUGUUUCCAUGGACACCGGCUACAGCAACGAGGGAGGAAGCGAGAGACAUGACUCUGCAGGCUCAGGAGGAAGUGGUGUUCAGGUGGCCCGCAGACGGACUACCCUCCCCUCCCCUCAGCCCAGCAGCAGCAGUGUCAGUCUAUGGAACAUCCUCAAGAACAACAUAGGGAAGGACCUGUCCAAGGUAGCCAUGCCUGUUCAGCUCAACGAGCCUCUCAACACACUGCAGAGGCUGUGUGAGGAGGUGGAGUACUCUGAGCUGCUGGAUACAGCGAACCACACACAGGACCCGUACCAGAGAAUGGUGUAUGUGGCUACAUUUGCAGUGUCUGCAUAUGCCUCCAGUUACCACCGGGCAGGAAGUAAACCCUUUAACCCCGUCCUGGGAGAGACCUACGAGUGUGACAGACCUGACAAGGGUUUCAGGUUCAUAGCAGAACAGGUGAGCCAUCACCCACCUGUGUCAGCGUGUCACUGUGACUCUCUCAACUUCACUUUCUGGCAAGAUGUCCAGUGGAAGAAUAAGUUCUGGGGGAAAUCCAUGGAGAUUGUUCCCAUGGGAACCACUCAUGUGACCCUGCCAGGGUUUGGGGACCACUAUGAGUGGAACAAGGUCACGUCCUGCAUCCACAACAUUCUGAGUGGCCAGCGCUGGAUAGAACACUACGGAGAGAUGUCAAUCAAAAACACCAGCAGUGACGCCUGCCAGUGUACAGUGACCUUCGUCAAGGCAAAAUCGUGGAGCUCAACGGUGAACAAGAUAGAGGGAGUGGUAACAGACAGUGGGGGGCGUGUCAUCCACUCAUUCUUUGGCAAAUGGCAUGAAGGUGUGUACCAAGGAGACACACCCUCUGCCAUCUGCAUCUGGAGAGCAAACCCCAUGCCUGUGGACCAGGACCAGUACUAUGGCUUCACUCAGUUUGGUGUGGAGCUGAAUGAGCUUGAUGCUGCCCUGAAGCCCUUCCUACCCCCCACAGACACACGCUUCCGUCUCGACCAGAGGUGUUUGGAAGAAGGGAACAUUGAGGGGGCUGAGGAGCAGAAGCAGAGGAUAGAGCUGCUCCAGAGAGAAAGGAGAAAAGUCUUGGAGGAGAACAACAUGACGCACCAACCACGCUUCUUCAAGAAAUCAAAGGAUGACACGUGGCUGAGCUCUAAUACAUACUGGGAGCAGCGGAAGGACCCUGGGUUCAGCUCUAGAGAGGACUUCCCUGUGCUGUGGUGACCCUGUAACCCCACAGGAGUACACAUCUAGGGUCAGAUUAUCCUUGCCCACAACAGACACAGCAUUUUCCAAAAAGGGGAUCUCCACCUCCACACCAAAAUUGCCAUCUGCAUCACCACACUUCUUUACAGCUGUGAAGCCUGGGUCACUUAGUCGCCACAACAAGCAACUCAAGCGAUUCCACAGAAGAUGCCGGCAGCGCAUCCAGGGAAUCACCUGGUGCAACCGUGUCCUGUACAGAAAUACUUGUUAA